ACCGUCGCCCGGCCCCUGCGCACGGGCAGGGGGCGGCCGAGGCGGGAGGGGAGGCGCCGCUGGCCUCGAAGGGGGCGGGGGGGCACGGUGCCAAGGCUGCCCCCCGCUGGGGUCUGACCGCGCUCCGCGCAGAGGGUGCAGGGGCUGCCCCGUAGGGAGGCGCCGCCAGCUCCUCGGGGUCCCCGCGGCCUCGGGUGCGCUGGGGUCGUCGUUGACGCCGCCUCGGGUGUAGCUGGGCGCUGCCCGGGGCUGGGGCAGCACUGACAGUUUUUGUGCCUUUCCAGGAGAUCCCGGCCCUGCCCCAGCUGCACGGGACGCAGAGCUUGGGCGAUGGAUCCUGUGCAGGCGCAGCGGCUGGCAGCAGAGCUGGAGGUGGAGAUGAUGGCUGACAUGUACAACAGGAUGACCAAUGCCUGCCACCGGAAGUGUGUCCCCCCCCACUACAAGGAGGCUGAGCUCUCCAAAGGGGAGUCUGUAUGCCUGGACCGCUGUGUCUCCAAGUACCUGGACAUUCAUGAACGCAUGGGCAAGAAAUUGACAGAGCUCUCCAUGCAAGAUGAGGAGCUGAUGAAGCGGAUUCAGCAGGGGGCUGGGACGGUUUAAGAAUCCCUCUACAGCUUUGGACAGCAAGUGUGAUAGGCCCUGAGUGCACUGGACUGCAGCCUAGAUUCAGCCCUGGGUCCCCUGUCAAUAAAGCCUUGAUAGUUUUGUAUGAGCAGCACUGGGCCUCUGCCUUCCAACAAGGGGAUCCUGUGCUGAGAUUUGCUGAUGAGCUGUUUCCUACUGAGUGGAUGAGGUCCUAUCUCUGCCCUUUCCAGAUGAUGCUCCCAGUGAGCAGCAUUGUCCCAAAUAGGGAUGAGGUCCCAAUCCUAUCCUAGUGGUGUCUCUUUAUUGACUAAUGGAGCAAAGGCUUGAUCCAGGGUAGUUUGUGAUGAAGUGUCCUCUUGCAGGAGGUUGGGCUAGAACCCUUGUCCCAGCUCUUUUACCCCUUUGAUGGCAUGAUGGAUUGGCUGCAGGGGGCACUGCCUCCAGGUGGGUGUAUAUUCCCUAUGGUAUUGUGCUCAUCAAAUCUCCAUGGUACUCUCACUGAGAGCAGCAUGCCCCUGUCAGAUUUGAGUAAUCCCCUCCUGGCUGCAGUUUGCCUUUCACUUUCAGCCCCAAACUCUGUGACAGAGCCUGUUCCUAUUUUCUGUUGGGCAACCCUUGUCCUUUUCCCCCCUCCCCCCAGAGAUGGCUGCAUUUUUGUUCGGGGAGGCAAACUGCUGGCUGUAAUCUAAAGAAUUUCCUUGCAAUCCUUGAUGGCUGUAGCUGCUAUGUGUGGCCAGCAGGGGGCAUGCUGCUGCCAGGGAAAGCACAUGGGAGUUUCACUUGGCUUUCAGUUCAUGGCUUUAGUAAAUAUUUUUACAAGCCUGGCUCCUAAUUGGUGUUUUCCUCCUUUCUCUCAUCCCAGUUUCUGAUUUGUGGUUAAUUACACGGCAGCUCCAUUUAGCCUGAGGGUGAAGCUUCUAAUCCCAGUGACCUCCAGGGAGUGGCUAGGAGUUAUUUUUACUGCAUGCAAUUCAGUCCUCUUGGGGCUCAGUCUGGUUUUCCUGGAAGAUGCUGCAUGAUGAUUUCCUCAGAAUUCGCUGGCAGGAAAAACUAUGUGUACAGCAGCUUUUGUUUGCACUGGGGACUGCAGGCACCUGGGAGGGGGAUUUUGAGGCUGGCUUGGGGGUACUGACAGCUAUAGCAAGGCUGUAGCAGCAAGUGAGGGUAGGGGCUGUGUUGGAGGAGACAGAGGGGGUUGCAUGAGGCUAGGGAUAGCAAACAGCAGGGGGAAGGUCUUACUGGCCUGGCUUUGUCUAGCUCUAGCCUCUGUUUGUUAGGGCGAGAGAGCCUAGAGGGAGCACAGCAGGGGUGGAAUCUACAGCAGGAUGUUGUCGACCAUGGACAAGGAAGAGAUCAGCAGGGGGCAAAAGGAAAUAGGGAUAGAAGUGUUUGGGGGUUAGAGAGACGGACAUUGAGGACUAUAUGGACUAAGCUCCUUGGGGGUGGGGAGGAGCAGGACCCUCAAGACCUAGUGGGAGUUAAUCCUCUAGGGGAUAGGAGUUCAUGUAAGGAGCAUGAUUUUUUGGCAGCUCCCCAACAGGGCAGCCAAGUUUAGUGGGGAGGAUGGGUCUGUGUGUGCCCCUUGGGUGAGGCUAAAGGUUCCUAAUUCCCAGUUCUUUAGUCUCAGUCUCUAGUUCCUUAUUCCUGGUUCACGGCUGGUUUUUCAAAGCUAACUUUAAAUAAUUUAAAGUUGUAAAAUUAUACCAUGUAUCAAGUACAUAGCCUUGAAUAAGGAGAUGAGAUUAAGCUGGGAUUAUGAAGCAAAAUCAUUUUCAGGUCUUCCCAAACUACACAUUUUCAGCUGUUUCUUCUGAAUAAGUCUGAGUAGGGCACUGGCUGAACUGAAGUUUGGUUUUCACUGCUAGUCUGCCAACUGACAGCCCUUUGGGUAUGUGUGCGGUGUACAUUUCCCCAAAUGAGUUUAAUUUGGGUUGGGAUUAUGGGGCAAGAUCCACUUUGGGUCACCACAAACCAUACAUCUCCAUGCCCGGGGGGACUGUCCUGAAGAAAUUUGGGUAGCUCCUAGCCUGACUUAAAGCUUGGUUUUUGCGUGCCAGCCUGCCAACUAAUGGUUCCCUGGGCCAUGUAUUUACAUGGUACUGAAUAAGGAGGUGAUUUUGGGCUGGGAUUAUGGAUGAAAAGCCUUUUUGGGUCACUCCAAACCAUAUGUCUCUGCCACUGGAAUAUUCUCCUGAGGAAGCCUGGAUAGGCCCUUGCUCAACCCAAAGCUUGGUUUUUGUGUGCCUCUCUCUUGACUGAUUGCCCCCCCCCAAGCUUUGUGCUGUGUACAUAGCACCAAAUAAGGAGCUGAUUUUGGACUGGCAUUACAGGUCACCCCAAACCGCACCACUCAGUCACUGGGGGACUCUUCCCAAAGAAGCCUUUUCAGGUUGCAUUUAAUUCUUGGCUUUGUCCACCACAGAUUUCUAUAUAUGACAUGAAAUAAACUGAUAGUGUAAGAGUUGUGUUGUAGCUGUGAUGACAUUAAGUACAUCAAAAUAAAAAUAUAUGCAUAUUUAGUUCUAUAUCAAAUUACUGAACCAUGCUUUCUCAAAUGUCUAUCACUGUCUUCUCAGAGAUGGUAAGACCUUGUUUUCUUGCCCCCCAAAUGCCUUUCUUGUAUC